ACUGGCUUCCUGGAUAGUGCUAUUGUAUGUAAGGUAAAGUGCUAAACGUAAAACACGGGAAUCAGUCAGGAAUUAUUUAUUACCAUCCCCCUCCCCCCACCAAAAGAUCUAUCUACUCCCUGCACGCAGUCACGUGAUUCCCAUCCGGAAAUGCAAAUCAAUGGUCACGCCUAAAUACGAAAAGGGAAGCCAGGCUCGAGCAAACGCUCGUCAGCUGUCAGGAAGUUAGCGUUCACCACUGAGUUCUAUCUUCUUGUAUCUGCAUUCCCUUGCGGGCUGCCCAAGAGCAAGGGCCCGUGCCAGCACAAGACUGCCUUAAUCUAAUGCGAACGAACCUCUGCAUUCCUUUGGUAAAGGAUGCAGAGAAGAGUGUCCCACCGCAAAAUGGUAAUGCUGUUGCUCAUCCUAUUUGCUGUUGAAGUUGGCGGACAAGUGAUGAAGAGGAGAGAAACUUAUUACAAUUUUCCAGUCUACUUUAAUGCUAAAAUUGGAUCAGAUCAUCACUUUGAUGUGCUUCCUAGCAAAUCUCUUUCGAGCAAUGAACGAAAAAGGCUAUUUCUGCAGCGAGCCGAGACGAAAGUAUUCCCCACAGUUGCAGAUUUCAGCCGAACUGGACUGCAGGAGUAUUCGGAAGAAAUUUAUGAUGCUGGCGUUUUACCUGAAGAAAGUAACGGCCGGAGAAAAACUGAAGAUUUCAGAUAUAUCGGGUCUAAGAAGUUGAAUUCCCUACGCGCACAGCAGAGCACGGAACGUAAGGAUCCCUCCACAGCGGCAGUGAUGAGCGUCCUUUCUUCUCUCAAUCUCCUGCAGGAGAGCUGUUCCUUUACCAUCUUCGCAGAACAAGGCGCAGACGACGCUGCCGGCAGGAUGUGGCACGCCCUGCGAUAUAAACCUGUCAAGGUAUAUGACCUGCAGACGGAAGUCCUCAUGAGAAAAGAUACUUGGGCUCGAACCAUAUGCGACUGCUACCUGCUUUUUCUGAACAAGUUCGAAGACUUCAGACACCAUGCAGCUGCCAGUCACUAUCACCACUCCAUCCACGAUCCCCAACCAUUGUCUUUGUGGAACUACCAUGCCUAUCAUUUUGUUAUUUUGCCCGCUCACCACGCAAACAUGUCCCUUUGGCCGCAGGAUAUCUUGUCCCUCUACAACUUCCAAAAGACUGCGAGAGUGGUGGUCCUUCAGCCUGAGGAUGACAUUGUGCUGGUUUGGUCACAUCAGCUCUAUAGACAAGGUUCGGGAUUGAGAUACCUCGGUUUUUGGAAAAGAGGAAUAUUUUAUGGUCGUUUUCAACAGCUUUUUGAGAAGGAGCUGGGAGAUUUCCAGGGCGCUCCUCUUCGGGUUGCAGCAUUUGACCACCCUCCCAGCGUCGUCUAUGCUUAUGACGACCAUCACAACAUCAUUAGUCGCAUGGGCGUCGAUAUGCAAAUUGUGCAGAGUAUUGCCAAGGCCAUGAAUUUUACCCCCGAAUUUCUCGAAGUCCCUCACGACGAGCUCUGGGGUUACGAACUUCCAAACGGCACGUGGACGGGUCUGGUCGGGAAAGUUUUCUAUGAGCACGCAGAUAUCGGUGCCUGCAACGUAUUCCUCGAGUUGCAUCGCUGGAAAGUGGUCGAUUACUCUGCUCCCUAUAAUUUUGAGCGCGGUUGCUUCGUCGCUCCUUCGCCGAAACCUUUGCAGAAUUGGAAAUCUCCCGUCUUGCCCUUUGCCUGGGAUACCUGGACUUCCAUCGCCGUGUUCCUGCUGGCUGGAGGUUUCCUCUCAUACCUGAUCGCCACUCUAAGCACGAACCCAGAACCCCGGGAGUUUCUCAGUCUUUCCUACGACUACCUUUAUAUUUUGGCUAAUUUGACGAUGCGAUCUGGCUACGCUGUUCCAUUGCACACCCCGCUCCAAAUCUACAUUGGGUUCGUCGGGAUACUCGGACUCAUUGUAUCUACCGCUUAUUCUGCCAACCUCGUAGCUUUUUUGUCGGUCACCCAAAUGUCAGCACCUAUUGACACGAUGAAGGAGUUAUCGGCCAGCGGACUUAGGAUCGGGGGAGUAGCCUUUUGGAAAACCCAGUUCGCUGCUUCCAUUGACCCCGUUGUCCAAAAUUUCGUGAACAUCUUGGAAAGCGACGUGGAUUUUGGCUCACUCUUUGAUCGCGUGGAAGCGGGCGAGUUUGCGCUGAUUGAAAACAAGCAGUAUCUAGAACUGCAAGCCGGAGCUCGAUAAUACGGCAGCAGAACUACCAUUCGCAUCGUAGGGGAGUGUCUCCUGCCCUACAGUAUAGGCCUAGCCUACCAGAAGAAUUCUCCCCUGAAACAGGUCUUCGACGGGGCCAUCUUGCGACUGUUAGAGUCUGGAGUGGUAAGUAAGUGGCAAAAGGAGGUCGUGGAUUACUUUAGGCAGCAGUACAAGGAGAAAAGACAACAGAAAGCAGUAGCUGUGUUGAGUGAAAACAGGCCCUUAACACUGGAACAGCUUCAAGGGGUAUUUUACGUUCUGGGUAUAGGAUGCUUUUUAUCGGCACUGCUCAUGCUGGCUGAAGUCUUGGCUUUGCUUUAGAUGCUGCCUGCCUACAGGAUAAUGGGAUAAUAAUUACGUUAAUAAUUACCUUCACCAAAACGUUAUGUGAGUUAAAUCUGUAUAUUGACCGUGUUAAAACAAAUCAACAUCAUGUUUGACAGUUUAUUUGCCUUAUUAUUAAAGUAGCA